AUGUUGAGGACGAUUCGCCACUCGCUGUUGUGUUUUCCAAGACGCCGGUGCGAUUGUGUCGACGACAGCGCCCAACCUAACCGCCCACGGGAAGUAGCUCCAGCUAACCAACCCCAAGCCGGCAGUGGAGGUACAGACAGCAGUGAAGAUGAGAAUAGCAGUGAUGAUGGUUAUCCUCCAGCUCCCCCACCCAGCGAGGUUUCCCUGUCAGACAAGAUUUCUCACACAGGAAUAACAGGUGCAGACAGCAGUGAAGAUGAGAAUAGCAGUGAUGAUGGUUAUCCUCCAGCUCCCCCACCCAGCGAGGUUUCCCUGUCAGACAAGAUUUCUCACACAGGAAUAACAGGUGCAGACAGCAGUGAAGAUGAGAAUAGCAGUGAUGAUGGUUAUCCUCCAGCUCCCCCACCCAGCGAGGUUUCCCUGUCAGACAAGAUUUCUCACACAGGAAUAACAGGUUCAGACAGCAGUGAAGAUGAGAAUAGCAGUGAUGAUGGUUAUCCUCCAGCUCCCCCACCCAGCGAGGUUUCCCUGUCAGACAAGACUUCUCACACAGCAAUAACACCCCCGAUGAGUGUGACAAAUAUCGAUGAUGACUCUUCGUUGGGCGAUGACCCAUAUUCCCUCUCAACAAGAAAUUCACAAAGGGGUAUUACUCCCGCGACGAGUGAUGCUGGCCUCAAUGAGUCCCAAUAUAACUCACUCCCAGAAUCAGGAGAAAGCCACCAAUUCGUGAGUGCAGGCGAACACAAUACCGAUGAAUAUGACUAUAAUGGAGCUGAUGAAGACAGCCUCGAUCUGGGCCAAGAUGACGACGAAGAGAUGUAUGACCCAGAUGAGGACGAAGAAAUGUACGAAGAUCCAGCAGAGUCCGAGGAACCCGAAAGCACCAGCCAAGAAUGGCCGAGUGAUCCUAGUGACAGGAGACGUCGGCGUUCUCUCGAUAACCAAUCUCAAGCCGAUGCUGAACACAGGGGUCUUUAUGGAUCGAGGGGCGGUAGCGCCAGCAACAAGCGCCAGCGUCUUGAAGGCUCGACUGACACGUCCAGUGGGAGAGUGAGGACCGGCCUCGAACCGACGACGAAAGAUGUCACCAGGUACAGGAAGAUAGGAGCACGAUACCAAGCAUGGAUCGACGAUCCCCAAGCGCCAGGGUGCCGAAUUAAACCAGCAACACUAACCAUAGAGGAGAUGACCGAUGAAGCGCAAUCAAUGCCUUGGGCAGUCGAUGAAUCGUACUUCGCCGUCGAGCCCAUAGCAUUGGAAGGCGGCGACGUCGAAUCGAUGAAUAUUGCUCGCGGCGGUCCGCGGUGGCGCUACACAUACCUCCGACGGGACCCAGGGCCAAAGGCGAGUGAGGCUAAUGAAUUCGAGCAUCGGGUUACUCGUGGUGUUCUCGUUGCUGAGAAAAUUUAUAGGGAAGACGGUCCUCAUUGGAACGAGGUUGCUCGAGCUCAAUAUUUGCUUGAUUAUAACUUGAAAACUCUGAGACAUGUUAUCUUUACUGACGUCAGCAACGAAGAAACAGCCCCAUAUAUACGUGAUGAGCUAUAUCCCAGACGGGGUGUUAUAUGGUCACAGGCACAAAGUGUUGAUUGUAUGGUAUUUAAGCAUGGUAGUGCUGAGUAUCAGGAACUCCUAGGGACGAAGUUAGGUAAAGCUACUGCUUGUCUUGUUCUUUCUUCAUUCCCUAGGGGCACGAUGAAGAUCACCCGUAUUGUCACUUGGUGCAAUUCGACCGCGCCGCAGAUGCGAUUUGAGAUUGAACCUGUUGUUGUUUAG